AUGUCUACACAAGCCGCUUCCAGCAUUCUUUUCACCCACACAUCCCCUCAGCAGGGAUUCAAACUACUAGAGCUACCAACAGAACUGGCCGAGCUGCUCACAUCAAAAGAAGCUCCAACCCUCGAAUUGAAAUCCCCAACCCCCCAACAACUCACAACGGCAACCACGGACCCCGAAAACCGCGAAUAUGUAAACCUCUGCACGCCGACAAAAACCUACCUCGUUCGCCAAGUCCAAUCCUCAAACUCGAUCCACAUAAUCCGACCAAGCGACUCCGGUGUCCAAAGAGGAGACAUUAACAUCGUCGGCGGCGACGAGGAUGACGAAUUAAAUCUCGUCGAGACGAUGACCGCUAUUGCGAAAUGCGGGUCUACACUUGAAUUGCACACACCGCCGGAGGGGUUCUCGGCGGUCCCUGUUCUGGAGAGGAUAUUGCCUGUUUAUGAUGAGGCGGAGGGAGCGGAGCAGGAGGUGGAGCAACGGGGGGACGUGAUUCGGAGGGUCUUUGAUGAUGUUCCUGUGUCACGGGCGCAGUGUGAGGCGGGGUGGACUGAGCUUUGUGCGUUUGUGCUUGGGGGCGGGGGUAGUGGGGGUGAUGUUGCGGGUUGGUGCCGGAGGCCGUCGGCGAGGGCCAAGUUGGAUGUGUGGAGACGGGUGGUUGAGGGGGCUGUGUUGCAGGGGAUAGACCUGGGUAGGCAAUUCUUGGUGCAGGAUUUGUGGAGAUCGGUGCUUGAUGAGGGGAUGGAGGAGCCUUUUCCGAGGGCGUUGUUGGAAAGUAUCGUUAGAAGGGUUUGUGAGGCUGGGGAUGGGCAGUUGUUUGAGGAUUUGAAGUGGGCCAGUAUCGAUAAGGCACGCUGUACGCAAUGGGUUGGUGAGACCUACCUGGAGGCCAUGGCGCCGACCACUGCUUCUGGCAUCGGGAGAAGUGAAUUCCUGAAUGCUUGGAAGGAUCUCCUCCCUGAGUCCUGGCGGAACGAUGUUGCAUUCUCGAAAUUGACGGAAAACUCAUACAAGCAUCCAGAUCCCACGACGAUCUGCUUCGUUUAUCGAACCGACCGACAGAAGAUAAAGAAAAAUGUCUCGACGGAUGCUAGCGCUGCGACAGCAGCCAAAAAGACAAGAAAUUGGCACGAGCUAUUCAAGAACCAAAAACGCCAGAAACGCUAA